GCUCGCUCGUUUAACGGCAGUGCGAAAGCUAGCGGUACGCACCAUCAGCACCACCAACAGCGACGGCAGCAGCGGCAGGACCAGCGUUGGGAGCAGCCAGCCGGCGGUUGGAACGGCAGUAUUGUGGUAGAAGCGCGCUUGGACGCGUGUGUGUGUGUGUGUGAGAGAGAGAAAGAGAUAAAAGCUCGCGCGUGCGUGCACUUUGUGUGUGUGUGUGUGGCGGCGCGCGCCAAAGACGUUCCACCGAGUACAUUGGGACAGGUUUUCGUACGCAGUCGUACCGCGGUUACCGCUGUCGCAAUACCGCCAUCGCUCAUCGAUAUAAUACCACUACUAUUAUUGUUAUUACUAUUAUAAGUAUACGGUCAUCGAAUAGAAUAACAUCGUUUUCGUAGCCAAGACGUCGUCAUCCACCGCCUGUCUUCGGAUCACACGAGCUGCCUUCAUCUCAGAAACCGGUGCCAAUCCGUUGACCGGUCGCGGACGCUCGCUGCCGCUGCGAGGUUUUGCCGUCUGCGUUUUUUUUUCGGCACGUGCCCAACCGACCGCGGACCGCACUGUUUCGGUCCAUCGCCGCCGUCGUUAAAAUGGACGCGACGGUCGGCCACCGUCCCGUAGACACCCGUCGGCGCCACAACACCGGUGACGGACUCGGCGACCAGCAGCUGGUAUACGGCCGUCAGCGACGACAGGACGACGGACGUCAGAAGGAGCCACUGAUCUUUGUUGGCUACAACACGUCCUGUUGUUGAUAGAAAACCGGACGUCGACGACGAGUACGUGUCGUGCGCGCCACCGCAACCGCCGCCGCUGAAUGGGACAUGGGAAUACUCCCGUACCUGCUCAUCGUCUACCUGAUCAUUACAGAAACGCUAUGCGGACCUCACGAGAAGCGAUUGCUCAACGAUUUAUUAGACCCUUACAACACACUAGAGAGGCCAGUAGCUAAUGAAUCGGAGCCAUUACAACUUAGUUUCGGCCUUAUGCUCAUGCAAAUCAUAGAUGUGGUGAGCUACAUU